AUGUUUCUUACUGACCCAGUCACCAUUCUUCUUUUGGUUCUACUCUCUCUUUUUUUGGUGAAGAUCAUUGAAGGCUCCAAACAGAAUGCUUACCCAAAUUUUCCGCCUGGCCCGAAACCUUUACCCAUCAUUGGAAACAUGCAUAUUCUGGACCUGAAAAGACCACACAAGACCUUCUUAGAGCUGGCUAAGAAAUAUGGCUCAGUGUUCAGCAUACAAAUAGGGAAACAAAAGAUGGUUAUCCUUUGUGGUUACGAGACGGUGAAAGAUGCUCUCAUCAACCAUGCUGAAGAGUUCUCUGAAAGACCGUAUGUCCCCUUAUUCCAAGACAUUGCAAAAGGAUACGGUAUUGCAUUUGCUCAUGGUGAAAACUGGAAAGUGAUGAGACGGUUUACUCUUUCGACACUAAGAGACUUUGGGAUGGGAAAGAAAACUGUUGAAAACAAAAUUAUUGAAGAAAGUGAAUGUUUGGUGAACAAGUUUAAAUCCUUUGAAGGAAAACCAUUUGAAAACACCAUGAUAAUCAAUGCUGCUGUGGCCAAUAUCAUCGUGUCCAUUGUACUGGGCCAUCGCUUUAAAUAUGAAGAUCCAGUAUUUCUGAGAUUAAUGAGUUUAAUAAAUGAAAACCUAAGACUAGCUGGAUCUCCUAUGGUCACACUGUACAAUAACUUUCAUUCUGUGAUACGCUGGCUACCGGGCAGUCAUAAAACCAUACAUGGAAAUGUCAGUGAGUUGUGUCAGUUCAUUACAGGAACCUUCACCAAGUACAAGGACCAGCUGGAUACUAAUGACCAAAGAAAUCUCGUUGAUACCUUCCUUGUCAAGCAGCAAGAGGUUCAAGAGAAACCUGAAUCUGCUGCGUAUUUUCACAAUGAAAACUUAACAAUCCUUAUUAUGAACCUGUUCACUGCUGGAAUGGAAACAACCUCAACAACUUUGAGAUGGGGACUUCUGCUAAUGAUGAAAUAUCCAGAGGUUCAAAAGAAUGUCCAGGAUGAAAUAGAUAAGGUGAUCGGAUCUGCUGUCCCUCAGAUUAUGCACCGGAAAGAGAUGCCAUAUACAGAUGCCGUUAUACAUGAGAUUCAGCGGUUUGGCAACAUAAUACCGACUAAUCUUCCUCAUGCCACUACACAGGAUGUUACUUUUAAAGGCUACUUUUUGCCAAAAGGGACGUAUGUGAUCCCAUUACUUGCCUCUGUAUUGCGAGAUGAGAGUCACUUUGAGAAACCGGACGAGUUCUACCCGCAACAUUUUCUUGAUUCAAAGGGGAAUUUCUUGAAAAAGGAAGCAUUUAUGCCAUUUUCAGCAGGUAAGAGAAGUUGUGCUGGGGAGACCUUGGCUAAAAUGGAGCUAUUCAUAUUCUUUACCACACUGCUGCAAAACUUUACCUUUAAAGCUCCUCAUGGAGCAAAGCUUGACCUCACCCCUGCACUUGGAUUCACAACUCCUCCAAAGAUCCAUGACAUUUGUGCUGAACCUCGCACCUGA